AUGGAAAGGGGCGGCGGGGGCGGAAAGGGAAGCAGAGGCCGGGGGGCGUGGCUGGUGGGGCAGAAAGGGGGCGUGGCUGUUGGGGCAGAAAGGGGGCGUGGCUGUUGGGGCAGAAAGGGGGCGUGGCUGUUGGGGCAGAAAGGUGGCGUGGCUGUUGGGGCAGAAAGGGGGCGUGGCUGUUGGGGCAGAAAGGGGGCGUGGCUGUUGGGGCAGAAAGGGGGCGUGGCUGUUGGGGCAGAAAGGGGGCGUGGCUGUUGGGGCAGAAAGGGGGCGUGGCUGUUGGGGCAGAAAGGGGGCGUGGCUGUUGGGGCAGAAAGGGGGCGUGGCUGUUGGGGCAGAAAGGGGGCGUGGCUGUUGGGGCAGAAAGGGGGCGUGGCUGUUGGGGCAGAAAGGGGGCGUGGCUGUUGGGGCAGAAAGGGGGCGUGGCUGUUGGGGCAGAAAGGGGGCGUGGCUGUUGGGGCAGAAAGGGGGCGUGGCUGUUGGGGCAGAAAGGGGGCGUGGCUGUUGGGGCAGAAAGGGGGCGUGGCUGUUGGGGCAGAAAGGGGGCGUGGCUGUUGGGGCGGAAAGGGGGCGUGGCUGGGGAGGUGGAAAGGGAGUGCGUGA